AUGGCAAAAAAGCCGAAAAAAUCUCGUCGAGCACGUCCUGUGCCUGCUGUUCGAGAGACGUUGGGCGCUAAAACACUCGAAACAGCGGAAGGAUUACGUAAAAUCAACCAGUAUGUUUUGAAAAAAGAAAUUGGACGAGGCGCCUUUGGCACGGUACACUUGGGCCUCGAUGAAACGACCGGUACAGAAUAUGCCAUCAAAGAGUUUAGCAAAUCACGUUUAAGAAAGAAGGAACAGAUGGAUUUGUUCCGUCGGGGUGCAGGCGGGCUAAGAGGGAGAGGAGGCAUUCGAGGACGUCGUAUGUUUGGUAUAGGAGGCGUGAACAGACAAGGCACUGCUGUAGGUGCAAAUGCCACACCAGAGAACCCAUUAGAUUUAGUGAGAGGAGAAGUGGCUGUAUUAAAAAAAUUGAGCCAUCCGAAUAUUGUAAGAUUGUAUGAAGUUUUGGACGAUCCUUCGAAUGAUUCACUCUAUAUGGUAUUCGAAUUGAUGGAAAAUGGUGUUGUGAUGUCUAUAGAAAUGGAUGCAGUAGCAAAACCCUAUUCUGCUGAGGAUGCCCGACGUUAUUUUAAAGAGAUGAUGCUUGGUAUAGAAUAUUUACAUGCCAACGACAUUGUGCAUAGAGAUAUCAAGCCUGAUAAUUUGCUGCUUUCAAAAGACAAUGUGUUGAAAAUUGUUGAUUUCGGUGUAUCAGAAAUGUUUGUGAAAGGCAAUGAUAAAUUGAAGAAAUCAGCAGGAAGUCCUGCUUUUAUGGCUCCUGAAUUAUGCAUUGCCAAGCAUGGGGAAGUGUCAGGUAAAGCAACCGAUAUAUGGUCUAUGGGCAUUACUUUGUAUUGUAUGAUCUACGGUCAACUACCGUUUAAAAGUGCCAAUGUAUUGGAAUUGUACGACAUGAUCAAAGAAGCACCAAUUGACUAUCACGAGGUUACAGACACCGAUUUACUUGACUUGUUCGAAAGGAUAUUGGAUAGAAACCCAGAAACACGUAUUACGAUGAAGGAACUUCGUGAACAUCCUUGGAUUACCAAUCGUGGUACUGAAAUCAUGAUACCGGAAGCAGAAAACUGUGAUAUCGUGUCUGAAGUAACAGAGGAAGAAAUGAAGAAUGCCAUUAAAAGUAUUGGCAGUAUAUUUGCGGUCAUGACGGCUGUAUCUAAAUUCAAGCGUCGUUCACGUCGUAAAUCCAAAAGAAAUAAGGAAAAGCUAACCGCAACCAUCACCAAAACUGAAGACGGUGAUGAUAAUUCAGUGUUGGUCACAACAUCUACUGCUCUACCAACAGAGAAAACGGAUACAGAAUCAGAUGCAGAGACAUGUACAAGUUACUCUUCAGAUUCCUGUACAUCAUCAUGCUUUUCAGAGAAUCAUGGUUGUCAUCAUAGCAGUAGUAGUAGUAGUAGUACUAGUAGUAGUGAUGGUGAAGACGAUGGAGGAGAAGUGAAAGAGAAAAAGGUGGAAAUCAGAGUUGUGAAGAAUGAGUAA